CUCAUGCAUCUUCCACUUCCCCCCGUAUUCCAGUGUCGAUGUUUUUUAGCUUGUGCAAAACCCUUCAUCCCACACUUCCCUUUCGCAGCAUUUCCCCGUCUUUCCGUCGGUCUUCUUGUAACAUGAACUCAGGCUCUCGAAUGUUCCAGCUCAAAAUAGACCCAUUAACUGGCAGCUCCGAAUGGAUUGUCAUUGACGAAAGCGAAAGUCCAGAGCAAACUCCAACCCCACUUCUUGCUACAACGUCGUAUCUCGAUAUGCUCAACGACUCUCCCAGAAACAGAGCUUUCCGUGAAGCAAUCGAAAAGACUGUAACUAAGCCUUGCCACGUUCUUGAUAUUGGCUCUGGAACUGGAUUAUUGUCUAUGAUGGCUGCCCGAGCAAUGGGUCAUGCUGAUUCAGGGGCUAACUCUGGUUCUACAGGGAUGGUUACUGCUUGUGAAUCGUAUCUUCCUAUGGUAAAGUUGAUGAGAAAAGUUUUAAAGGUCAAUGGAAUGGAAAGGAGGAUUCGCAUAAUUAAUAAGAGGUCAGAUGAAUUAGAAGUUGGCAGGGAUGUAGCAUCUCAUGCAGAUGUUCUUGUUAGUGAAAUAUUGGACUCAGAGCUAUUAGGUGAAGGGCUGAUUCCAACUUUGCAGCAUGCCCAUGACAAUCUGUUGGUGAAAUGUCCAGAAACAGUGCCUUACAGAGCAACAAUUUACGGUCAGUUGGUUGAAAGCAAAGGCUUGUGGAAGAUGCAUGACUUAUUUAGUAAUGAAGAUAAGACAUCAGAUACAAUUCAUCUUGUUCCAAAAGGCAUGGAGACCAUUUUAUCUGUAAACCCCCAGCAACAUCCUAUGCAUUGUGAUGCAAUCAGUGAGGAAAUUAAACAGCUUUCAGAACCCUUCAAAAUAUUUGAUUUUGACUUUUGGAAAAGGCCAGACAGCUCUAUAGAAACCGACUUGGUUAUAAAGGCAACUAAAGGUGGAACAGUUCAUGCUGUCAUCUCAUGGUGGUUGCUUCAACUUGAUAGAGAAGGGACAGUCUUUUAUUCCACUGGGCCAAAGUGGUUACAUUGCCUCCCUAAUGUGAAGGAGUUAAACCGAUCCCUAUCUUUUAAGAGUUCUGAAGCAUGGUGUGAUCAUUGGAAACAAUGUGUUUGGUUCGUUCCAAACAGAGGUUUACCUGUACAUAAGGAUGAACAUGUCCAUUUAAAUGCCAUUCAUAACAAUAUUAGCAUCAUGUACAAAGUGAAGUCCGCAUCUCAAAAUAUGGAAAUUGAACAUUGCAAACUCAAUGCCCAAGGUUGCCAACUUUUUUUAUCACCAGAAAGAAUUGCAAUACAUGGUGACAACGAUUGGAGAUGUUCAAUGCUUAAAGCCAUUAACAAAGCUCUAAAUCAUAAGGUGUCUCCAUUGUGUGUUGUUGCUGAUGACAGCAUUUUCAUGACAAUUGCUAUUGCUCAACUCAGCAAAGCAUAUGUCAUAUCCAUGUUACCUGGUCUGCUGGACAAAGGUGAACAGUAUCUGCAAGCUGUUGCUGAUUCAAAUGACUAUUCAAUGGAUUGCAUUAAAGUUCUAAAAAGGAGAAACUAUGCCUUGACCAUGCAGGAUACACACCACAGAAAGGUUGACUUCUUGGUUGCAGAACCUUUCUAUUAUGGAAUGGAUGGUGUACUUCCCUGGCAAAACCUUCGAUUUUGGAAAGAAAGAACUGUAAUGGAUCCUAUCUUGUCAAAAGAUGUGGUGAUAAUGCCUUUUAAGGGACUCUUAAAGGCUUGUGCAAUGUCCCUUCCAGAUCUCUGGAGAAGCCGUCAAUGCCUGAAAGCUAUUGAAGGUUUUGAUCAUUCAGUUGUCAAUUCCACGUUAGGUGCAUGUGGAGAUUUGCCUGCAGGAGAACGAACCCCUUUUCUGCCUUUCUUUAUUUGGCAAUGUGGUGAGAGUAAGAAACUGAGUGAAACAUUCAAUAUAAUGGAGUUCAAUUUCCAAGAAACAAUUUGCCAAUGCUCAGGAGAAGCUGAGUUUGAAUUUACCGAGCCAGGAAUGUGCCAUGGACUGGUGUUCUGGAUUGAUUGGGUAAUGGAUGCAGGAGAGUCCAUCGUCGUAUCAACUGGUCCAGAACAAAGAUAUUGGAAGCAAGGUGUGAAGCUUUUAGAGAAGCCUGUGACUGUCCAGAACUGUGGGGGAUCCAUCCCAAAAGUUGAAGCCUCGUUUGAUCCCACAAACGCUGAGCUCAGUGUGGAGCUUACUUUUAUAUGAUACGUAGUAUGAUUUUAUGAACUCUUUACUUUGUUGCCUUCAAUUGGACUCAUCUAUGCAAUCUAGGGAUGACUCUGGGCUGAUUCAGGUUCCAAAAUGGUCUGUUCCAAGUCCAAAUCAACACCUGCCUGUAACUGUUACCAGACAUAUGUGGUUCCAGUUCUGGUUGGUUUCAAACAGGUUGUAUUCAGAGUUUUUUCCCCAAAAAAAUGUGGAGAAAACCAGAACUGGUCUGUGAUAGGCUUAUAAGUGACAAGCCUAUUAAAUACUUCAAUAAAGUCUAUCAUAGGAGGAAUAAGGGAGGGGGUAGCCAGUAAUUAGUUAUGAGUCGGUUACCUAUUAAUAAAUUCCCUGCGUGGAAUAUUACUAUAAAUAGAAGUCUGUUAGCCUAGUAGGGCAGGUUGUUGCUCUGAAUAAUUGGCUGUCAGGAGUUUGGGCUUCUCGAAUAGUCCUUGAGCUUGUACGACCUAUCUAGAGUUCUCUCUUUCAAUAAUAAUCUCUUGAUCUGUUCUUACAUCCAUCUGCCGAUUUGAUAUAGUUUGUAUAGCUUAAUACCAGUGUUCUAUCAUUGGUAUCAGAGCAGUGGUUUUGGCGAUCGACUGCGGUUGAGUCAUCACCAGUUUUCCCCAAAUUUGCCGUUCGGAUCGUGGAUGGUUCGAACGAGAGGAAAAAUGGAGCAGCGAUUGGAAGCAGUGGAACGCAGUCGAACAACAAUGGAGGAAACGCUGCUGAGGAUGGAGACGAUGAUGCAGAACAUGACAGGGAGGAUCGAUACGAUGAGCGAUGAAUUCCGUCAGAGAGGAAGAUCGCGAUCUCAUCACAGUCAUCGUUCGCGACCUUCACCUAGCCCUGCCGUUUCCAGAGGUAAUUCCGCUUACUCGAAUCACACCUAUCAUAGGCGACGUGAUGAGUAUGCUAGAUUUCCAGUGAAUAUGGCUCGGAAAGUUGAUUUGCCACUGUUCAAUGGGGAUGGGGCUUAUAACUGGCUUGUAAGGAUGGAGAGAUAUUUUAGAUUGAAUCACAUUACUGAGGAUGAUAAAUUGGAAGUGUCUGUAGUAGCCAUGGAAGACCGAGCUCUGAAUUGGUUCCAAUGGUGGGAACAUCAGACCGAGGAGAAGAAUUGGGAAUCACUUAAGGAAUCGGUUAUUCGGAGAUUCCAACCUGACCUCCUACAGAACCCGUACGGACCUAUGUUGAGCUUGAAGCAAACGGGAACAGUCAGAGAUUAUAGGGAUGAAUUUGAAUUGACCAUAGCACCUCAAAGGACUGUGGAUAGAGAGAUAUUGAGGGGAAUAUUCAUCACUGGAUUGAAGGAAGAGGUUAAGGCUGAACUGAAAUUAUACAAUCCUAGAUCAUUGACUGAUGUUAUGGAUGUGGCUUUACAAAUUGAAAGGAAGAAUGAGGCUAUACAAUUGAAAAGACAGGAUGUCAUGAUGGGGGAAAAAGACAAGGGAAGUGUGCCUAGCAAAUUUCAGAACUGGGGAGAGAGUUCAAAGGCAAGAUAUGGUAAUGCUGGAAUCAACACUCAAGGAAAAGGGGCCAAUGAUAACAAAAAUUUCAACUCCUGGUUUGAGAGAAUGGGGAAGAAGGUCACUGACAUGCAAUCUUCAGGAUUCAGGAAGGUGGGACCUCAAUUGUCUCAAGAAGAAUUUCAGGAGAGAAGCAGAAAAGGGUUGUGUUUUAAAUGUGGGGAAAAAUGGAAUAAAGAGCACACAUGCAAGCUGAAACACUUUAAACUAAUGCUAGUAGAAGACUCAGAUGUUGAUGAAGACACGGACUGUGAGGAACCUGAAGUCCCAGAAGAGGAAGUGGUGUUGGAAUCCAAAUCUAUGCAGUUAUCCCUUAUGAGUAGAGAAGGGAUACCUACUAUGAGAGCUUUUAAAAUUAAAGGAGUGCUGAAGUGGAAUCAGGGAGAAAGACAGGUGGAAGUAUUGAUUGACAGUGGAGCCACGCAUAAUUUUAUUUCACAAAAAUUGGUGGAGGAACUGGAGCUACCUUUCAACACUAUUACAGGGUAUAAGGUGCAGAUUGGCAAUGGAGAAAAGAUAUCUAAUAAUAGAAGAUGUGAAGAAGUGGUACUGUGUUUGCCUGAUACUGAUAUAAAACAGGAUUUUUACAUCCUAAAUCUGGGAGGAACUGACUUAGUUCUGGGCAUGGAGUGGCUUACCAGCCUGGGAGAUGUUGAAAUAAACUUUCAGAAGCAGACCAUUAACUGGAAGAGUUCAGGGCACAAUCAUUCAGUUCAGGGGGACCCAAAAUUAAGUUCAAUGGAAGUUUCAUUGAAGACAUUAACACAAAUUAUACAAGACAAUGGAGAUGGGUAUCUGAUAUACUAUGAAGGAAGUCUAAUGCAGAUGGAGAAAGGGAAGGAUAUGGAUUGCAUAUGGAAGGAGAUCUUGGCUGAAUUUCCAGAAAUAACACAACCCUUGGAAGGAUUACCUCCAUCUAGAAGCUGUGAUCAUUCCAUUAACAUUCAGGAGGGAGCCAACAUACCCAACAUUAGACCUUACAGGUACCCCCAAUAUCAAAAGACUGAAAUAGAAAGAAUUAUACAGGAGAUGUUGAGCUCUGGAAUCAUCCAACCUAGUAACAGUCCCUACAGCAGCCCCAUACUCUUGGCAAAGAAGAAAGAUGGGGGGUGGAGGUUCUGUGGUGAUUACAGGGCAUUGAAUAGAAUAACAAUACCUGACAAAUUUCCAAUACCUAUUAUUGAUGAGCUAUUAGAUGAGCUGGGUGGAGCCAGAAUUUUUUCCAAGUUAGAUUUGAAGUCUGGAUACCAUCAGAUCCGAAUGAAAGAAGAGGACAGGAAGAAAACUGCAUUCAGAACACACGAAGGUCAUUAUGAAUAUCUUGUGAUGCCAUUUGGAUUGACCAAUGCUCCUUCUACGUUUCAAGCAUUAAUGAAUCAGGUAUUGAGGCCUUUUCUCAGAAAAUCUGCUCUUGUGUUUUUCGACGACAUAUUAAUCUACAGCAAAUCUAUUGAGGAACAUCAAAAACAUUUGAGAGAUGUACUAUCUGCUUUGGAGAAGAACCAGUUGAAGAUCAAUUUGAAGAAAUGCUCAUUCGGACAAUCCAAGUUGGUCUAUUUAGGCCAUAUAAUUUUUGGACAAGGGGUAUCAGCUGACCCAGAAAAAAUUGAAGCUAUGCUACAAUGGCCUGCACCUAAGGAUUUAAAAGGGUUGAGGGGAUUUCUUGGGCUAACAGGUUACUACAGAAAAUUCGUAAAGGGAUAUAGUAAGAUUGCCUUCCCUCUUACUAAUCUUUUGAAGAAAGAUAAUUUCCACUGGGAUUUGAAAGCAGAACAAGCAUUUGUAGAACUGAAAAUAAUUAUGACAACACUGCCUGUAUUAGCAACACCUGAUUUCAACAAAAUGUUUGUUAUUGAGACUGAUGCUUCAGGUACGGGGUUGGGAGCAGUCUUGAUGCAAGAUGGGAGACCUGUAUCAUACAUGAGCAAGGAGUUAUCAACAAGAAAUCAGAAUAAGUCCAUCUAUGAAAGGGAAUUGAUGGCAGUUGUCCUAGCAAUUCAGAAGUGGAGACCCUAUCUGCUGGGCAGACCCUUUGAAGUCCACACUGAUCAGAAAAGCUUGAAGUUUAUAACUGAACAAAGACUCAUGGGCGAGGAACAACAGCGGUGGACCUCUAAAUUACUGGGCUAUAAUUUUACCAUAAAAUAUAAACCCGGGGUGGAGAACAAGGCUGCAGAUGCUUUAUCCAGAAAAUAUGCAUUGCAGUCCCUGUCAGUUGUCAGUUGCCAAGAAUGGGAGGGUCUGGAGGAGGAAUUGAAUAAAGAUCCUAAAUGUCAAGAGAUAAUCCAGCAGGUGAUUUCAUACCCAGACAAAAAGGAGUAUUUUAGAACAAUGAAGCGGGUGGAAGGACUAUUUUACUGGCCUGGGAUGAGGAAUGAUAUAAAGAAAUAUGUGGAGGAGUGUGCUAUCUGCCAGACUAACAAGUAUCAAGCUCUUAAACCCACAGGGUUACUGCAGCCCCUACCUAUUCCAACCAGUAUUUGGACAGAUAUAAGCAUGGAUUUCAUUGGGGGAUUACCCAGAUCCCAAGGAAAAGACACUAUUUUAGUAGUGGUUGACAGAUUUACAAAAUUUGCUCAUUUCAUAGCCUUAUCUCACCCCUUCAAUGCAAAGGAGGUGGCAGAAAUCUUCAUUAAGGAAGUAGUUAAGCUGCAUGGAUUCCCUAAAACCAUUGUCAGUGAUAGAGACAGUGUGUUUUUGAGCUCAUUUUGGUCUGAAAUUUUUAAACUGGCAGGAACUCAGCUAAAAUAUAGCACUGCUUACCACCCUCAAACAGAUGGGCAGACCGAGGUGGUAAACAGGUGCUUAGAAACAUACUUAAGGUGCCUCACAGGAAGGAAGCCAAAGCAAUGGAGUCAAUGGCUUCACUGGGCUGAAUAUUGGUACAACACCAAUUAUCACAUAGCACUAAAACAAACCCCUUACAAGGCUCUCUUUGGGCUGGAUCCUCCUGCAAUAGUUAAGGGCGAUGUAACACUAACUGCAGUAGAAGAGGUGUCCAGACUGACUGCUCAAAGGAAUGCUAUGCUAGAGGAGUUAAAGAUGAACUUGGCUAGGGCCCAAAACUUAAUGAAACAACAGGCUGACAAACACAGGAGGAAUAUACAGCUGGAGGUGGGAGAUCAAGUGUAUUUGAAGAUUCAGCCAUAUAAACUUAAAAGCUUAGCCAAGAGGGUGAAUCAAAAAUUGAGUCCAAGAUAUUAUGGGCCUUUUGAAAUCAUAGAGAAGAUCAACAGUGUAGCCUUCAAACUGCAGUUGCCAGACGACAGCAAAAUACAUCCUGUGUUUCAUGUUUCAUUACUAAAAAAAGUGAUUGCCCCCACUACUCAAUUUCAGCCACUUCCUAAAUGUUUGAGUGAAGAAAUGGAGCUCCAAGUGAUACCUGAAGCAGUGAUGGAUUCCAGGGUAAAUCAAGCAGGCAAUGUGGAAGUUCUGAUACACUGGAAAAACCUACCAAGUUUUGAAGAUUCAUGGGAAUUGCUGCAGAUGAUGAGAGAGCACUUCCCAGAUUUUCACCUUGGGGACAAGGUGAAUUUCCAGGGGGGGAGUAAUGAUAGGCUUAUAAGUGACAAGCCUAUUAAAUACUUCAAUAAAGUCUAUCAUAGGAGGAAUAAGGGAGGGGGUAGCCAGUAAUUAGUUAUGAGUCGGUUACCUAUUAAUAAAUUCCCUGCGUGGAAUAUUACUAUAAAUAGAAGUCUGUUAGCCUAGUAGGGCAGGUUGUUGCUCUGAAUAAUUGGCUGUCAGGAGUUUGGGCUUCUCGAAUAGUCCUUGAGCUUGUACGACCUAUCUAGAGUUCUCUCUUUCAAUAAUAAUCUCUUGAUCUGUUCUUACAUCCAUCUGCCGAUUUGAUAUAGUUUGUAUAGCUUAAUACCAGUGUUCUAUCAGUCUGGUUACUCUGGUCAUCGGGUGGAACCACAACCUCUUUGGAGAACCAAGAAACAGUUGCCAGGUCCGGAAUUCUACUGUCGCACCCUCCUAGUGCAAUCAUGGCUUGGCAUGUUAUUUUUGUAUGAACUGCUCUAGCAGUCUAGCUUAGAGGCAUGUAGAUGUAUAUUUGAAGACGAUUUGUUUAUACAUUAUCUUUGUUGCCAACUUACUGACUCGCUGUAUUUGGAUUUGGUAAACGUUAUGGUUGUAGUUCGAGGAAUUAUAGCAACUCAUGUUUCUAGAUUUACUUCCACUCUUG